GCUCGCUCCGCACCGUUGCCCGCAUCUUGCGAUUCACUCUUUUAACCCCCCGAAAAGGAUUUUUUCUUUCCAGCUGUUUCUCAGCGCGCCGCUCUCUACCGUCUCCUUGUCAUCACCUGCCUCUGUUCAACCCCAUUCGUUUCGUCCGUCGUCUUCGAUCCUCGUCGGCCUUCUCACCUCGAUCAAAGCAGCCCGCCUUGCUAGCCCCGAUACAGCAAACGGAGCACACGCAGGUCUUCACCGAUACACAAGAGUCGCCCACGCUCGCUCAACCGGCACACCCACUGUCAAGAUGCUCGCUUCGAACGUCGUCUACGGCAUCGUCGCCUCCUUCGCCGCCCUCGCCGCGGCUCAGACCACGUCGGGCACCACCACGUCGACGGCCACCAUGACCAGGACCAUCACCAUCACCACGUGCAACCCCGAGGUUUCCAACUGCCCUGGCCGCACUAGCUCCACCAGCAGCUCCAGCUCUAUCAGCACCGCUGUCAACACCACCACCAGCUCCGUCAUGAGCACCAGCAGCACCUACUACCCGACCGCCAACCUGACGUCAGCCUUUCCCGUGCCCUCCAAGAACGCCACCUCAUACAUGCCUCACGCGCCCACCAAGAUCGUCACUACGGGUGGCACGUCGCUGCCGCCGGCGCCUACCCUCACCCCGCCCGUAACCCUCCCCGUUGGCAGCGGCGGCAGCGCCGUCUUCUUCCAGAGCGGCCUGAUGCUCGGACUCCUGGGUGCCGGUGUCGCCAUCCUGGCCUAAACCCACACUCCAACAGGCCUACUCCCUCUCUCCAGCCAACCAGCCGGUCCAAGCAAAUUCACCCCCAGUCGCCAUUGGGGCCUAGCUGUCUCGGUUUCACCUCAUUACGCUUUAAUCUUCGCUUCUGUUUGCGCUCAGAGAUACCCAAACCACUCAGCAAUGGUACUGUUGCGUCUUAAUUCUUAAAAUCUACAUCAGGGGACGUCGAUGUUUGUUGCAUAUUUGGCGGAGUCGCGUUGCUUGAUUUGACUGGCAUUUGACGGAGCACAUGUUUUGUUGCUCAUCUUGGAUUACGAUCUGGGCUGUCAGCCGACAGGACCUGAGACAAACUACCAUACCACCUCGGAUGUGGCUCGUCGCGGCAGAGCUAGACCGGCUUCCAUGUCUCGCUCGUUGUCGAUUUGCCUCAGCAAACAACGCCGUUUUGGAGAUGGUUAGGCCUUGGGGUGUCUCGGCUUUCACUUCGUGUCGCAUACUUAACUACCCUGCAUCACCCCCUGCCUUGUCUUCUGCUGUUGUCCCCUCGAAGAUAAGGGCGAAUGGGGAUGGAUUCGUCGGCCUGGACAUAGUUGGAUGGAAGCGAUCAAUUCAUGGGAUGACGGCCAAAUCAAGAGAGACAUUGAUGAUUGACAGUUUGGCGUCUUCGGUUCAAGUGAGGUGAUGCUGAUGUAUAUUGAUAUAAGAAGGGAAAUGAAAUGAACGCCUUGUAAGGAGACGGGAAGCGAAACACUUGUCCGUGGGUCUUGUCGACCCCGUCUCCCUGCAGCCCUACAAGCUUAAGAUUUUGGAAGGCUGUCGACCCUCAACUCACGUCAUGAAUCGUCAUGCGUGGUCCUCUGUGCCUGGCCUCGUGCACGUUCUUCAUCCAAACACUCGUCAACUGCCAGCUGG